AUGUCAAAUGAAAUAAAAAUGAGUGAAGCCCCCAGAUUCUUUGUUGGACCUGAAGAUACAGAAAUAAACGCUGGAAAUUAUCGACACUUCUUCCACCAUGCAGAUGAAGAUGAGGAGGAGGAAGAUGAGUCUCCUCCGGAAAGGCAGAUUGUGGUUGGAAUAUGUUCCAUGGCAAAGAAAUCCAAAUCCAAACCAAUGAAGGAAAUUCUCGAACGGAUCUCCUUAUUUAAAUAUAUCACAGUAGUAGUAUUUGAAGAGGAUGUUAUUUUGAAUGAACCAGUGGAAAACUGGCCUUUGUGUGAUUGUCUUAUUUCUUUUCAUUCUAAAGGAUUUCCACUGGACAAAGCAGUUGCCUAUGCCAAACUCCGGAACCCAUUUGUAAUCAACGACUUGAAUAUGCAGUAUCUCAUACAAGAUAGGAGAGAAGUGUAUAGUAUUCUUCAAGCUGAAGGUAUUUUGCUUCCUCGUUAUGCAAUUUUGAACCGUGACCCAAAUAAUCCCAAAGAAUGCAAUCUGAUUGAAGGCGAAGAUCAUGUAGAAGUAAAUGGGGAAGUUUUCCAAAAGCCUUUUGUAGAAAAGCCAGUCAGUGCAGAAGAUCACAAUGUUUACAUUUAUUAUCCAACCUCUGCUGGUGGUGGAAGUCAAAGACUUUUUCGAAAGAUUGGCAGUAGAAGUAGUGUUUACUCCCCAGAAAGCAAUGUACGAAAAACAGGCUCCUAUAUAUAUGAAGAGUUUAUGCCUACAGAUGGUACUGAUGUUAAGGUUUAUACAGUGGGUCCAGACUAUGCCCAUGCUGAAGCUCGAAAAUCUCCUGCACUUGAUGGCAAGGUGGAACGAGAUAGUGAAGGAAAAGAAGUAAGAUACCCUGUUAUUCUCAAUGCUCGAGAGAAACUAAUUGCUUGGAAAGUCUGCCUUGCUUUUAAGCAAACAGUUUGUGGCUUUGAUUUGCUACGGGCCAAUGGACAGUCCUAUGUCUGUGAUGUCAAUGGCUUCAGUUUUGUGAAAAAUUCCAUGAAGUAUUAUGAUGAUUGUGCAAAAAUACUUGGGAAUAUUGUAAUGCGAGAGCUUGCUCCACAAUUUCAUAUCCCCUGGUCAAUACCGUUAGAAGCUGAAGAUAUCCCGAUUGUACCAACUACAUCUGGAACUAUGAUGGAACUUAGAUGUGUCAUAGCCGUCAUUCGUCAUGGGGAUCGAACACCAAAGCAAAAAAUGAAAAUGGAAGUGAGGCAUCAAAAAUUCUUUGAUCUCUUUGAAAAGUGUGAUGGAUAUAAAUCUGGGAAAUUAAAACUCAAAAAACCAAAACAAUUACAGGAAGUGCUGGAUAUUGCACGACAACUUCUUAUGGAACUUGGACAAAAUAAUGAUUCUGAAAUUGAAGAAAACAAACCAAAACUUGAACAACUUAAGACUGUGUUAGAGAUGUAUGGCCAUUUUUCUGGAAUAAAUCGUAAGGUCCAGUUAACCUAUCUCCCUCAUGGUUGUCCUAAGACAUCUAGUGAAGAAGAGGAUAGCCGACGAGAAGAGCCAUCCUUGCUUCUGGUUCUAAAGUGGGGAGGAGAACUAACCCCUGCAGGCAGGGUCCAGGCCGAAGAACUCGGAAGAGCUUUCAGGUGUAUGUAUCCUGGCGGUCAAGGAGAUUAUGCAGGAUUUCCUGGUUGUGGUUUACUUAGAUUACAUAGUACCUACCGACAUGACCUUAAAAUAUACGCCUCUGAUGAAGGACGAGUUCAGAUGACUGCAGCUGCUUUUGCAAAGGGUCUGUUAGCUCUAGAAGGAGAACUUACACCCAUUCUUGUUCAGAUGGUGAAAAGUGCAAACAUGAAUGGCCUUUUGGAUAGUGAUAGUGAUUCUUUGAGCAGUUGUCAGCAACGUGUAAAGGCAAGACUUCAUGAAAUACUUCAGAGAGACAGAGAUUUUACUGCAGAAGAUUAUGAAAAGCUUACUCCAUCUGGAAGCAUUUCUCUUAUCAAAUCAAUGCAUUUAAUUAAAAAUCCUGUAAAGACCUGUGACACGGUGUAUUCCUUGAUACAAAGUUUGACUUCUCAAAUCAGACAUCGAAUGGAAGAUCCCAAAUCAUCAGAUAUUCAGCUUUAUCAUAGUGAGACCUUAGAGCUCAUGCUCCGUAGAUGGUCCAAGUUGGAGAAAGACUUUAAGACAAAAAAUGGAAGAUAUGAUAUUAGCAAGAUCCCUGACAUAUAUGACUGUAUAAAAUACGAUGUCCAACAUAAUGGUUCCUUGAAAUUAGAAGACACGAUGGAAUUAUAUAGGCUUUCAAAGGCGCUAGCAGAUAUAGUUAUCCCUCAGGAAUAUGGUAUAACUAAAGCUGAAAAACUGGAGAUUGCCAAAGGCUACUGUACUCCUCUAGUUAGAAAAAUUCGCUCAGAUCUUCAAAGGACACAAGAUGAUGACACUGUAAAUAAACUCCAUCCUGUGUAUUCCAGAGGGGUUCUGUCACCUGAACGUCAUGUCCGUACCAGAUUAUAUUUUACCAGUGAAAGUCACGUACAUUCUUUGCUGUCUAUUCUUCGCUAUGGUGCCUUAUGCGAUGAAUCAAAGGAUGAACAGUGGAAACGAGCUAUGGAUUAUUUAAAUGUUGUCAAUGAACUCAACUACAUGACUCAGAUUGUUAUCAUGCUGUAUGAAGAUCCUAACAAGGAUCUUUCCUCUGAGGAACGCUUUCAUGUUGAGUUACAUUUCAGUCCAGGAGCCAAAGGAUGUGAAGAAGACAAAAAUUUACCCUCUGGCUAUGGAUAUAGACCAGCUUCAAGGGAGAAUGAAGGAAGGAGAGCUUUUAAAAUUGAUAGUGAUGAUGAACCACAUACUUCUAAAAAAGAUGAGGUUGAUCGAGCUGUGAUAUUGUUUAAGCCUAUGGUAUCAGAGCCAAUUCAUAUACACAGGAAGUCUCCACUUCCAAGAUCUAGGAAGAUGGCUACAAAUGAAGAAGAGAGCCCCCUGAGUGUGUCUAGCCCAGAGGGCACUGGUGGCUGGCUGCACUACACCAGUGGUGUGGGCACUGGGCGUCGAAGACGCAGAUCAGGGGAGCAAAUCACCUCUUCCCCUGUCUCCCCCAAAUCACUGGCUUUCACAUCCAGUAUUUUUGGCUCAUGGCAACAGGUUGUAUCUGAAAAUGCUAAUUACUUACGAACACCAAGAACUCUUGUAGAACAGAAGCAGAACCCUACUGUAGGGUCUCACUGUGCGGGCCUGUUUAGCACCUCGGUGCUCGGGGCUUCUUCAAGCGCACCUAACCUACAGGAUUAUGCUCGUACUCAUCGUAAAAAGCUGACCUCUUCUGGCUGCAUAGAUGACGCCACACGCGGUUCUGCUGUUAAAAGGUUUUCUAUCUCAUUUGCUCGACACCCAACCAAUGGUUUUGAAUUGUAUUCGAUGGUGCCAUCUAUUUGUCCUCUAGAAACUCUUCACAAUGCUCUGUCCUUAAAGCAGGUGGAUGAAUUUCUUGCUUCCAUUGCUUCUCCAUCAAGUGAAGUUCCACGGAAGACCCCUGAAACUUCCUGUUUAACUUCACGUUCCAGUCCAAUAAUGAGAAGAAAAAUAUCUUUAAAUACAUAUACACCUGCAAAGAUCCUCCCAACACCAACAGCUAGCAUCAAGAGUACUAAAGCAAGCAGCAAACCAGCUCCCAGCGGACCUUCUACUACAGCUGCUCCUAAUACCUCAUCGCGAAAAAAGGGCGUGACUAGCAAAACAGAAAUGCAUGAACACAAAAAAAAUACUUUGAAAAAAAAAUGA